AUGGGAGGUUCCAAUUCAAGUUCACACAUCCAUUGGCUGGCCCUCCAAGCUUCUCCUGCCCAACCCAGAGCUCACCACAGUAGUAGGGGUGAGAACAUUGACUUCAGACCCCCUGUGUACACAUUAGUUGGGCAUGAGGAUGAUUUGCGAGAAGAGGAGCCUGAGCUCGAUCGAGCUGAGGAUCGAGCUGAAGAUCAAGUCAGGAAUGCGGAUUUGGGUGAGCCUGAGUGCUAUUAUUUGAGGAGUAUGAGGCUCCAAGGAUGA